UAUCUGUCAUUUGUCACAGAGCGAUUUUAGAAAUCUGAGUCGGUCGGUAAAUAUCUUUACAGUAACAGUAAAACAUUCUGUCCAUUUCCAACUAAUUAUUGUUCUGUUGCCUACAGUUGUGUCACAGAAUUAUUAAGAAUUUGUACUUAAUUGAAAAGCUAUAUUUUUUAUGUUAAAUUAAGAAUUACUUAUUGUGCUAACGAAACAAAUUCGACUAUACAAUGACCACUUUGCAGUUUAUUCAGAUAAAGGAUUUAAAGCCUGGCAUGAAAAACAUAAAUGCAGAGUUUAUAGUGCUAGAGGUAGGUCCUCCGACACUCACUAAAGAGGCUAGGGAAGUGCGGACUCUGCGCGUAGCUGACGCCACCGCUUCGGUGAAUCUCUCCGUGUGGGAUGAGCCUGGCGCGCUACUGCAGCCCGGGGACAUCGUGCGGCUCACGCGUGGCUACGCGUCCCUCUGGCGCUCGGCGCUCACUCUGUACUCCGGAAAGUCUGGAGACAUUCAGAAAGUGGGCGAAUUCUGCAUGCUGUUCAACGAACAAGUAAACAUGAGCGAGCCGCAGCCGACGCCGCCGCCGCCGGCCGCCGGCGCUGCGACCACAGCUCCCGACAGAUCCAACGGGGCGCACGUCCCACUGCGGCCGCUCCAGGCUCCCUCUGCACCCGCUCCUCCGCACGCUGCUAAGGCAGAUCGCUUUGCGUCCGCGCAGGACCAUACUGGUAAACACACGCACAAGACAUACGUGCGAGGCCGUGGCCAUCAGCGAGGCAACAACCGCAGGUAGCACACACACCUGCCAGAGUUUAGUGCCUUCCAUGACAUCGGUGCAUUCAUUGUGGUGUAAACUGGAAACUGUGCACGGACCUGGACACUAGACAUUGCAUGGAAGCAAGGACUUGAUUAAUGUGUAAAUAAGUAAAUAAUUUAGUGAGUGUUUUCAGGGACAACUAUAAGUGUUACCAAUGUGAACUUACUGCAACUUCUGCAAGUACCUCUGGUGUUUAUAUACACCACUAGCUGUUAGUUUAUCCAUGUUGAGAUAUGUAAUAGUGUUCACUUCGAGGGAACUAACCAAUUGAAUAGGAAUGUCUAUAUGUUCCAACAUGGUGUCUCACUUGUAAUGUAUUUUUGUUUUGUUAAAAUAUGAUUGUUGUCAAAAUCCAUUGGAAUGGAUCCUCUACUAUUGUAUAACAACUUUUGUUAAUUGUAUGUACAAGAUGCAUCUUGUAGCAACUCAGUAUAUUUAAAUAUUUGCCAGGAAACUAAUUGAUUGAAACAGAUAAAAUCAAUUAAUGAAAUUGGGAUUUUAUUGUAUUGGACAGUUAAUUACAUAAUUUAUAGUUGGCUAAGGAAAACAUUUGGCUAUACCAACCUUUUCUCGAAGCCAUUCAGGCCAAUUUUGACUGCCUAUGACUCUGUUGUGGAUAUAACAAGAAGCCUGAAUUUUCAGAUACUAAGUAGGCAUUGUACAAAUAUGGUGUAUUUAAGUUUUUAUUAAAUUUGCAGUAGAACUUUAAGAAUGAUAACUUGUCAAUGGUUUGAAAUUUUGUUACUGACUGUCUGACAACUAACUGACUGACUGACUGACUUACUAACUAACUAACUAACUAACUAACUGACAGAUAUGCAAGCUGUUUAUCAAGUGAAAUGCUGAUAGCAUUGAAAUCUGCAGCAUUGACCUUUAAAUACUUGUAAGGAAAACAUGGCUAGUGGCUCUGUUUUUUUACUCCCAAGUGUAAUUUUGUAACACUAUCUUAAAGUACUAGGUAGGUACUAAACAUGUUUGUGUAUGACUUUUAGAAAUCUUUAUUGUAUGUGUAAUUAAGUAAAAAUAAAUAAAGUUAAUAUAAAAGCAACCGUUAAUAAAUCCGAAGUGAUGAAUAAUAUAAAUGUGA